GGAUAUCAGGUGUUUAAUAAGGAACAAAUUUUUCUUUUUAGAAAUUUAAUACAUUUAAGUAUCAGCAUAAGUUAUAUUUGUGAUCGAAGAUUGCCAUGAAUAGUGAAAUUUCAACUGCCGAAAAACCAACGCUAAAGCGAAAAUUUAUUACCUUGGAUGACAAAAUUAAGAUUCUGGAUAGAUUAAGGAGUGGUGAGAAAGCAUUAUAAUAGCAAAAUCUCUCAGUUUAAAUGAAUCCACAAUACGCACCAUUAAACAAAAUGAAAAUAAAAUUAGAAAUUCUGUUAUUGCUGGGUCAUCAAUAAGCACAAAAAGAGUUGCACGUGUGCGUGAUCUUUUAAUAGAAAAAAUGGAAAAAGCGUUAAUGUUGUGGAUAGAAGACUGUGCUACAAAAAAAUGCCAAUCAGUACAUUAAAGUUCAAGGUGAAACUAGAUCGGCAGACGUCGAAGCUGCGAGGGUUUACCCUAAAACUCUUGCUAAAAUCAUUGAAGAAGGUGGUUAUAAGGGAGAACAAAUUUUUAAACGAAACAGAUCUAAAUUGGAAAAAAAUGCCGCGUCGGACAUACAUUUCGAAAAAUGAAAAAGUUGCACCGAGUUUUAAGGCCGCAAAAGACAGAAUUACUCUAUUUCUCUGUAGUAAUGCAUCUGGUGACUACAUUACAAAACCUUUAUUUAUAAACCGCUCGUUAUAUCCACGAGCGUUGAAAAAUGUCGAUAAAUCGAAGUUACCUGUUUAUUGGCGGGCAAAUAGCAAGGAUUGGGUUACAAGCAGUAUUUUUCGAGAUUGGUUUUUAAAUUGCGUUGUACCUGAGGUUGAAACUUAUUUGAAGAUUAAGAACAUCGAUUUCAAAGUGCUUUUAAUACUUGAUAAUGCCCCUGGACAUCCAAAAGACUUAAACCAUCCCAAUGUAGAAAUAGUGUUCCUGCCACCUAAUACCACGUCUAUCAUUCAACCGUUAGACAAAGGUAUAAUAUCAACGUUCAAAGCAUUUUACAUUCGGAAACAUUCCAACUUAUUCUUGAUAAAAUGGAUUCAAAUCCUAACAUGACAGUUACAGAACUAUGGAAAAAUUUUUCAAUUUUAAACUGCAUUACAAUUGUAGAAAAAGAAUUAAAGCAGUCCACGCUAAAUGGCUCAAGGAAAAAGAUAUGGCCGGAGAUUGUUGCAAAAAAUAAUGCUGUGCCACCAUUACAUGUGGAAGUGAGCCGUAUAUUAACGAUAGGUCAACGUUUCAGUGGAGAAGGCUUUGACGAUAUGAACGAAGAUGACAUUUAUGAAAUUAUGAAUGAAGGUACAGACCUCACCGAAACAGACCUAAUUCAAUUAACAACUGAAUCUCCAUCCGUCUCAAAUCUCGCACAAGAUGACGUCACUUCGGUAGAAGAUAUCUGUGAAUCAAUUCCCAGUUUCACUCUGAAGCGCAUACGAGAGGGUUUAAGUUUGGUUGAGAAAAUGAAAUCUUUCUUUACAACUAAUGAUCCUUCGCUGGAGAGAUCCAGCAAAAUAAUAAGGGAAAUAGAUAUUAAUCUAGCACCUUAUUACGAAAUUGAAAAGGAGCUUAAAAAACCCACCCGCCAAAAACUGAUAACAGCGAAACUAUGUUGAAGAAAUAUCUUCUGAUGAAGCUAUUGCUCCCCCAAAACGCCCACGUGCAAAGAUCUUUGAAGACAGUGAAACAGAUUAAUUACCAUAUGAAGUUUGAAG